AUGGGAGGAGGAAACCAAACUUCAGCAAUGAAUGACAAAAAAAUUUCACUUGACCAGGGGCAGAAUGUAUACCUUCAUGCAGUGGUUGAUUUGGGCAGUAAUGGCAUCCGUUGUUCGAUCUCAGACCUCUCACCCCCAACCACCCGUAUUAUCCCUACCGUACAUUUUCAUCGGGUCGAUAUCUCGCUCUACGAGGCUCAAGUGGAGCCCGACUCAGGCCGCCGGAUCCCCAUUCCACAGCAUAUCAUCGACCGAAUAGUCAGUGCCAUAGUUCGUUUCCAGAUUAUCUGCGUAGAAAUUGGAGUUCCCACUCAGAACGUUCGGAUCAUCGCCACGGAGGCAACUCGAACUGCUAUCAAUGCUUCUGCGUUCAUUGACGCCAUCCGCCACAAAACCGGGAUUUCAGUGGAAGCAUUACCGAAGGAAGAGGAGGGAGUCAUCGGAGCAUGGGGAAUUGCCAGCAGCUUUUCGGAUGUUGAGGGACUCGCACUUGAUUUAGGGGGUGGAAGCAUGCAGAUGACUUGGAUCACAUCGCAUGCGGGCAAUGUGCAUAUGAGUUCCCGAGGAUCAAUCAGCUUUCCCUACGGAGCAGCCGCAUUGACCCAGAAACUGGCAGACCUCAAACGGGACAAAAAUAAAGAGGAAGCGCAAAAAGCGCGGGAGCGAUUCCGCGUGGAAAUGGCAGACAAAUUUCGCGCCGCUUUUGAUACCCUCGAUGUCCCCGAACAACUUGUUCAAAAGGCCCGAGAGCAAGGAGGCUUUCCUCUUUAUCUCUCAGGAGGAGGAUUUCGAGGUUGGGGCUAUCUUCUGUUAUAUCUGCACCAGACGAAGGAUCGAAGUUACCCUAUUUCGAUUAUCAAUGGCUUUUCUGCACCCAAGAAAGACUUCGAGGACACGGAGACUCUGAAAGAGGUGGCUCGGACGGCACAUGAAAUAUUCCGAGUCUCCGACCGGCGACGCAAGCAAGUGCCCUCAGUGGCAUUCUUAGUCAAUACACUGGCGCAAUCAUUACCAUAUGGAAUCAAAGAGGCCCAUUUCUGCCAAGGUGGAGUGCGGGAAGGAAUGCUGUUCCGUGAGAUGCCCCCGAUUGUCCGUCAGCAGGAUCCCUUGGAGGUUGCCACGGCUCUUUAUGCGCCCUCCUCGGCCCAGCCGCUGGCCGCUUUAUUGUUAGCUGCCCUCCCUCGACCAUCUGCCAGCCGAUCAUUUCCAUCUUCCAUCAGUCUUCACCUCAUCCAGGCCUUUGCUAAUGCCCUCUAUUAUCAUGCCACAAUGUCCAAAGAAAUAUCCUCCAGCGCCGCGCUAUAUAGCACUAGCACUGGGAUCCUAGCCUCCACACAUGGUAUUCCCCAUGCCCACCGUGCACUUUUGGCACUGAUGCUCCAGGAGCGUUAUGGUGGGGAAUUGCCACCCAGAGAUAUGGAUUUAAAGACCCAUCUUCAAGGAAUCUUGACACCAGAGGAGGUUUGGUGGACACGUUAUCUUGGAAAAGUCGGCCUCGUCCUGAGUCGGUUGUACCCAACAGGGUCCAUCGACACCUCCAAGCCUCGAAUUGUUCCCUCGGCACACUGGAAAAACGGGUUAGGCAAGGAGGGCAAGAAAGAUGGCCUAGACUUAACAAUUGCCAUCCAGAGACUUUCAUAUGACCCGUCUCACUUGAAGCAAGAGCUCGAAAAUGACGUGCAGAAAAUCCAGAAGGUCGGAAAGCGGAAGAAUUGGAUUGGUGGGCGAAAUGGCUGGGGCAUCAAAGUGCGUGUCGCAGUGGUAGAAGAGGAUUCAUUGAUCCCGUGA